CAUACUUGAUACCCCUCCACUUUUUCUUCACUGAUUCUUGGACCCUUUUGUGCACUAAUUGAGAAAUAGGCCUCUUGCUACAGUUAUGUAAAUGAAGGGAAAAUAAAAUGAAUCAUUGAUUGCAGGAUUCACAUAAUCAAACCCCUAUAUAUAAGGGAUACUUAAAGUGGCGGGGCUCCAUUUCCAUUUUACAAAUUCAGCCAUAGCCAUAGUCUUCUCCCAAAUGCUUUGGCUUCUAACUAUUUAUAUUCUCUAAAUAAUUUCUACUUCAAAAACAAAUAUCCUACACAUAGAGAAAGAUAGAGAGAGAUCCAUGGAAGCUAGAAACAUGUUGCGUUUCCUUGUUCUUUCAAUUGUUGUAGCACUAGUUCUCCUUGUGACUUGGGUUCACUUUCCAUCACUCACCAACAAGGAGACUCUAGAUUGCAACCUUUAUUCUGGAUGGUGCACCUCCAAGAAUCGUUUCCACUCUUUCACAAAGCCAAAUCUGAUAAAGAAACCACCACUCUCCACACAUCACAAACAUGAAUCUGAUGUUCCUCACCACCCUCUAGACCCUCUAACCAUCCAAGAACUCAACAAGGUUCGCACCAUUCUCUCCACUCACCCUCUCUUUAAGUCCUCAUCCAGCUACACUCUCAACUCCAUUGUCCUAGAAGAACCAGACAAAAACCUUGUCCUCAAAUGGAAAAAAGGGGACACACCCUUGCCUAGGAUAGCUUCCAUUGUUGCAAUUGUGAAGGGUGUCUCUCAUACACUCACAAUAGACCUCACCACAAGCCAAGUAACAAGCCAUGAAACACCCUCCAUUUCUGGGUACCCCCAAAUGACCAUAGAGGACAUGGUUGGGGUACUUAAUGUUCCAUUGAAGAGCAUUGAGUUCAACCACACAAUAACUAAACGUGGGGUCAACAUAGCAGAUCUUUCAUGCUUGCCAAUUUCUUCAGGGUGGUAUGGCACAACAUUGGAAGAGAAUAGAAGGUUGAUUAAGGUUCAAUGCUAUUCCAAAAAAGACACUGUGAACUUCUACAUGAAACCAAUUGAAGGUUUAACUGUGAUAGUUGACAUGGAUAGAAAAGAAGUAGUGGCAAUUUCAGAUAAUGGCCAAAAUAUCCCUGUGGCAAAUGGUAUUGACACUGAUUACCGUUACUCAAUUCAGAAGCUCAAUGGAGAGUUGAACUUAGUCAAUCCAAUAUCCAUAGAACAACCAAAAGGUCCAAGCUUUACAAUUGAUGGACAUGUUGUGAAAUGGGCAAAUUGGGAAUUUCAUUUGAAGGCUGACCCAAGAGCUGGGACCAUAAUUUCUCAAGCCAAAGUGAGAGACCCAGAUACAUUAAAGAUGAGAAAUGUUAUGUAUAAAGGGUUCACAUCUGAGUUAUUUGUGCCUUAUAUGGACCCCACAGAUGCGUGGUACUUUAAGACAUAUAUGGAUGCUGGUGAGUAUGGACUUGGGUUGCAAGCAAUGCCUCUAGACCCUUUGAAUGAUUGCCCAAGAAAUGCUUAUUACAUGGAUGGUGUGUUUGCCUCUGCUGAUGGAACACCAUAUGUUCAACCCAACAUGAUUUGUGUUUUUGAAAGAUAUGCUGGUGACAUUGCUUGGCGACAUGCUGAGUGUCCCAUCACUGGCAUGAAGGUUACAGAAGUGAGGCCAAAAGUGACAUUAGUGGUUAGGAUGGCAGCAGCUGUGGCAAACUAUGACUAUAUCACGGAUUGGGAAUUUCAAACAGAUGGGCUAAUCAGAGCAACGGUUGGACUAAGUGGUAUCUUGAUGGUAAAAGGAACAACCUAUGAGAACAUGAAUCAAGUUACCAACCAAGAUAAUAUCUACGGAACCCUUUUAAGUGAAAACAUUAUUGGUGUAAUCCAUGACCAUUUUAUCACAUAUUACCUAGACAUGGACGUUGAUGGCUCUGACAAUUCAUUUGUCAAGGUAAAUAUCAAGAAGCAAGAGACCUCACCAGGAGAAUCACCAAGAAAGAGUUACCUAAAAGCUGUGAAAAAUGUGGCAAAAACAGAGAAAGAAGCACAAAUAAGGCUUAAACUCUAUGACCCAUCUGAAUUUCAUGUGGUGAACCCUUCAAAGAAAACAAGGGUAGGGAACCCUGUUGGGUACAAGUUGGUUCCUGGUCCCACAGCAGCUAGUCUUUUGGAUCCUGAAGAUGCACCACAGAAAAGAGCAGCUUUUACCAAUAACCAAAUAUGGGUCACUCCUUACAACAAGAGUGAGCAAUUGGCUGGUGGCUUAUUUGUUUACCAGAGUAGAGGUGAUGAUACUCUUCAAGUGUGGUCCAACAGGGAUCGUCCAAUUGAGAAUAAGGACAUUGUGUUGUGGUACACAUUAGGGUUCCAUCACAUACCAUGUCAAGAGGACUACCCUAUCAUGCCUACUGUAUCAUCAAGUUUCGAUCUGAAGCCUGUCAAUUUCUUUGAGAGAAAUCCAAUCCUAAGAGUGCCUCCAAAUUUCAAAGAUGAUUUACCUGUUUGCAAGGCCCAUGAUUCUGCUUGAGAUUUCCAUCUCUUAUGUUUUAGUCUAACUUUAUGCAUGCUUUUAGUUAUAUAUGUUGCAAAUGAUGCCGAAACUGUUAGCUUUAAAUAGUUAUUAGGGGAAAUGGCCAAACUUUGUCUAUCUUGUAAAAAAUGUUGAAUGUGUCUUGUACCAAAUUAAAAAUAAAAAAAUAAGUUGUGGAAAAUGCGUCCUGUUAAAUUGUUAACUUUCAU